AUGAUGAAGCAUGUGUUCAAACGUGAUUGUCUAGCACAGUUUGAGUUUAUUUCUCUCGCAGGAGAACACAGGCCUAAACGUAUGAUCACGUGUAGAUCACUGAGGAUCGAUCUGGGAGCAUUUCGCGUUGUAGGAGCGUUCAUAUUUGAGCAAAGAAACGGUUCAUGGUGCGGGCGUUCUUCUUGCUGUGGGAGAACAGAUGAAAUAGAUAACGUACUUGAUGGAAAGAAGGAGAGAACGAUAAACGUACUUGAUGGGAAGAAGGAGAGAACGAUAAACGUACUUGAUGGGAAGAAGGAGAGAACGAUAAACGUGCUUGAUGGAAAGAAGGAGAGAACGAUAAACGUGCUUGAUGGGAAGAAGGAUAGAACGAUAAACGUACUUGAUGGGAAGAAGGAGAGAACUAACAACUUUGCACCCAUUUAA